ACCACGUAGAACCGCCUCAUAUCACCACGUAGAACCACCAUAUAUCGUUGAUGCGUCUUUGUGUGUUUUGUCUCAUCUCUCAGGACGGUUCUUCUACCAAAGACUGGUUGAGUUCAUGUCCAGUGGUCCGAUGCGGGCCUACGUCCUGGCUAGAGAGGACGCCAUAACCCACUGGAGAGAACUGAUGGGUCCUACCAAGGUGUUCAGGGCCCGCUAUACCUCUCCCUCAACCAUCAGAGCCCAGUACGGACUCACUGACACCAGGAAUACCACACACGGCUCUGAUUCGUUGGAGUCGGCGCGGAGGGAGAUCAGUUUCUUCUUCCCAGACUUCAGUCAGGAGACGUGGAUGGAGAGAGAGGAGCUGAGGUUCAGGAAGAGACGCAUGGAGGACAACCAGAGGAAACAGAUACACACGUUACCAGUUCACAGCUAACUGCUGAUCUCAGUACACAUUUAAACAAAUACUUGACUGGACCAGGGGCCUGCGUUCAUAAAAUAUCUCAGUAAGAGUGUACAGUAUAUAACAGUACCAGUCAAAAGUUUGGACACACCUACUCACUCAAGGGUUUUUAUUUUUACUAUUUUCUACAUUGUAGAAUAAUAGUGAAGACAUCAACACUAUGAAAUAACACAUAUAGAGUCAUGUAGUAUCCAAAUAAAAGUGUUAAACAAAUCAAAAUAUAUUUUAUAUUUGGGAAUUUUCAAAGUAACCACCCUAUUGCCUUGAUGACAGCUUUGUACACUCUUGGAAUUCUCUCAACCAGUUUCACCUGGAAUGCUUUCCCAUCAAUCUUGAAGGAGUUCCCACAUAUGCUGAGCACUUGUUGGCUGCUUUUCCUCCACUCAAUUCAACCAUGAUGGCCUGAUUCACGCAGUCUCCUCAGAACAGUUGAUGUUUAGGGAAGCAUUUAUUUGGGCUGCAAAUUCUGAGGCUGGUAACUCUAAUGAACUUAUCCUCUGCAGCAGAGGUAACUCAUGGUCUUCUUUUCCUGUGGUGGUCCUCAUGAGAGCCAGUUUCAUUAUAGCGAUUGAUGGUUUUUGCGACUGCACAUGAAGACACUUUUAAAGUUCUUGAAAUUUUCCAGAUUGACUGACCUUCAUGUCUUAAAGUAAUAAUGGACUGUCGUUUCUCUUUGCUUAUUCGAGCUGUUCUUGCCAUAAUAUGGACUUGGUAUUUUACCAAAUAGGGCCAUCUUCUGUAUACCACCCCUACCUUGUCACAACACAACUGAUUGGCUCAAACUCAUUAAGAAGGAAAGAAAUUCCACAGAUGAACUUUUAACAAAGCACACAUGUUAAUUGAAAUGCAUUCCAGGUGACUACCUCAUGAAGCUGGUUGAGAGUAUGUCAAGGGAGUGCAAAGCUGUCAUCAAGGCAAAGGGUGGCUACUUUGAAGAAUCUCAAAUAUAAAAUAUAUUUUGGUUACUACAUGAUUCCAUAUGUGUUAUUCAUAGAUUUGUCGUCUUCACUAUUAUUCUACAAUGUAGAAAAUAGUAAAUAUAAAGAUGUACUUCAACAUUAUGCACCAAUAUUCCUUAUCACAAUUGACUGCAGUUGAUACUAUGGAACAUAAUGCAACGUCUAUUAAAAAAAGGAAAUGAAACCACAAAGCA